AAUAAUAAUAAUAAAAACCCCAAGUGUCUCUGUCCCCAAUUAAGCUUAUAAAUUUGGCCAAAACAGGGAGAGAUUGUGUUCUCACUCAAACCCAAUUUUCAAUUUUCAUUUUUUUAAAGAAAAAGUCUCUCUAUAUUGACAAAAGAGAAAUUAUAAAACAUGGGUAUUCAUCAUAAGAAUUUCUCAUCAUCAUCAUCGUCCUUCCUACAACUCAUCAUCAUCAUCUUCAUACCUUUCUUCUUCUUGUUUUUCUCAUUUGUAGCUUCUGAAACUAAUACGUUGGCACCAGCCUUAUAUGUGUUUGGAGACUCAACUGUGGAUGUUGGCAAUAACAACAACUUUGAUACCAUUUCUAAAGCUAAUUUUUCACCUUAUGGCAUAGAUUUUGACGAUGGAGCCACUGGUAGACCCACAAAUGGUUACAAUAUGGCUGAUGUUAUCGCUUUGUCACUUGGAUUGAAUAUCCCACCUGCAAUCAGAAGCGUUGAUUUCAAAUCAUACGAUUGUGAUCAUGGUUUUAAUUAUGCUUCUUCCUCUUCUGGAAUUCUUCCUGAUACAGGCACCAAUAUGAAAGGUGUUAUGAGCUUGGGAGAACAAACAGAUAUGUUCAAUAAAACAGUCCAUGAAUUUUUGAGACCAAGAAUGAAAAAUCCAACCGAUCUGAAGAAUCACUUAUCAAAAUCCAUAUUCUUUUUGGUUACUGGUUCCAAUGAUUUUACUAUCAAUUUUCUUAUGUCCAAAAAUCGCACCAAUAGUGAUCGUUUCAACUUUUCCAAACACCUCGUCCAAAAAUAUGCUACUCAAUUACAGAAACUAUAUUAUUUAGGUGCUAGAAAAUUUGUGGUAUUUGAGGUUGAAGCUAUGGGGUGUUCACCAUCUGCAGUGCUUAAGGCUUUUCCAAAUAAUCCUAAUAAGUGUGUGGAUGAUUUGAAUAAUUUGGCCAAAAAUUACAACACAUUGUUGAAUCAAAUUCUUCAACAAUUAGUGUCUAAUUUUAAAGGAGCAGCAGUCAUUGUGGGUAAAAAUUAUGAUUUUACCUAUCAGAUGGCUCAAAACCCUGCACGAUUUGGGUUAAAAGAAGCAUUUAAGCCAUGUUGUAGCACAACAUCGAUUGGAGUAUGUGAUGCGAAGAAACCUAUUACAUGCAAAAAGAGAAAUUCUUAUGCAUACUUUGAUGCGUUUCAUACAACACAAGCAGCUAACUCCAUUAUGGCAAGUACAUGCUUCAGUAGUGCUGGCGCUUGUUUCCCUUAUAACAUCAGACAACUUUCACAAUUAUAAUUUAUAAAUAUACAUACAAUUUAAUUCUCUCUAAUUAAUUAAUUAAUUAAUAAAUUAACUUCCCCCUUUUACUUCUUAUUUUAAUUUAUAUCAUUUUUUAUUCUUCAUUAUCCCCUUAUAAUAUACUCAUUAUUUUUAAGUUA